ACAAAGAAUGCAGGUGAGGAAAGAGAAAAAAAAAAGAGAGAGAAGACGAGACACUCUCACACCCACGCACACGCACACGGCCACCUGCCAAGCCGAGCAAGCCAAACCUACGCCCCGGUCUAGCGUCCCUCUCCCGUCCAGAUCCUUAUAACCUCUACCGCCUCGACUCGAUCUCUGCUGCUUGGCCCCUCCUCCCACUCUCUCUCUCUUCCCCUCCUCGUCCUCUCCUCACCCAAGGCCAGGCACUCGACACCCUGUGAGGCCAUCAUCUCUCUGUCUCUCUCUUCUGAUUCUCUGCGGCAGAGUCUUCCUCCCCUCACCACCACCACCCGUCAUGGCUCCCGCCACAAGCUCUGGCGUCUCGUCGCGCCAGGCCAUGCGCCGCACCGCCACCUCGACCACCGUCGACACUGACGCCUCUGCCCCGGCCACCGCCUCCGGCUCCCCAAUGGACUCGCCCCGGCCCUCUGCCUCGUCGACCUCGCUCUCCUCCAUGUCUGAGAUGGAGGGUGAGGCAAAGCCCAUGGGCGUCCUCCUCGAUCUUCACGGCAACGAGUUCGAGGUCCCCGACUUCACCAUCAAGCAGCUCCACGACGCCAUCCCCAAGCACUGCUUCGAGCGCUCCGCCGCAAAGGGCCUUUACUACGUCGCUCGCGACAUUGCCCUCCUCGCCACCACCUUCUACCUCUUCCACACCUACCUCACCCCCGAGAACGUCCCCGCCUACCCGGCUCGUGUCGCCGGCUGGGCCGUCUACACUUUCCUCCAGGGUCUCUUUGGCACCGGCCUUUGGGUCAUGGCCCACGAGUGCGGCCACCAGUCCUUCAGCCCUUCCAAGGUCCUCAACGACACCGUCGGCUGGAUCUGCCACUCGGCUCUCCUCGUCCCGUACUUUUCGUGGAAGAUCUCCCACGGCAAGCACCACAAGGCCACUGGCCACAUGGAGCGUGACAUGGUCUUUGUCCCCAAGACCCGCCAGGAGCGCGCCAGCCGCAUCGGCAAGAUGGUCCACGAGCUCAACGAGCUGUGCGAGGAGACGCCCAUUGCCACUCUGAUCCACCUGGUCGGCCAGCAGCUCAUCGGCUGGCCCAACUACCUCCUGACCAACGUCACUGGCCACAACUACCACGAACGCCAGCGCGAGGGCCGCGGCAAGGGCAAGGCCAACGGUUUCCUCCGUGGCGUCAACCACUACAACCCCAGCAGCCCCCUCUAUGAGGCCAAGGACGCCAAGCUCAUUGUUCUCAGCGACAUUGGCAUUGCCAUCACCGCCUCCGUCCUCGCCUACCUCGGCAACACCUACGGCUGGAAGAACAUGCUCGUCUGGUACUUUAUCCCUUACUUGUGGGUCAACCACUGGCUCGUUGCCAUCACCUUCCUCCAGCACACCGACCCGACCCUGCCCCACUACACCCCCGAGGCCUGGAACUACGUCCGCGGCGCCGCUGCCACCAUCGACCGCGAGUUUGGUUUCAUCGGUCGUCAGCUCCUCCACGGCAUUAUCGAGACCCACGUCCUCCACCACUACGUCUCGACCAUCCCAUUCUACAACGCCGACGAGGCCACCGAGGGCAUCAAGAAGGUCAUGGGCAAGCACUACCGCGCCGACACCAAGGGUGGCUCUCUCGGCUUCCUCGCCUCUCUCUGGAAGAACGCCCGCGUCUGCCAGUGGGUCGAGCCCAGCGAGGGCGCCAAGGGCGAGGGCAAGGGCGUCCUCUUCUUCCGCAACUCCAACGGCGUCGGCACCAAGCCUCUCCAGCUCGCUCCCCCCACCCAGUAAAAUUGUUCUUCGAGUUUGGGACGAUGGAAAAGCAACGUGGGGGACCUUUGCCUACAUGCGACGGCUUAAUCCAAGAGCUGGCAGCCGUCUGUGCAGGGCCGAAGUCACCUGUGGGUAGUGGUUUGAACGUUUGAACCAGAAUGCGAGAUUGCGCAGCGGGACAUGUUGAUAUUCUAUUCAUGCGAUAAACUAGAGCAGUACUUUUCGUCGCUUGCGAUUGAGUUCACACAGACUGUCACCGCGGGAUCAAAAAUGGAUAGACACGAUACCAAAGACUAGCUGUUUUAAGACAGAGAGACAAAUGGAAAUAAUGAAGUUAAGAAACGUCUACAGACCACUCAAAGGAUGUCCUUUCAUGCGCCGUGUGAAUUUGUCUGUCUGUGGAUAGCUGAAGCCAGGAUAUUUGUCAAUC